AUGACAGAAAAUAGAGAGGAGAAGAAGUUUGUGAUCAAGCGUGUUUUUGAAGGCGUUCUAAACCCAGAACAAGAAGUAGUUGAAGAAAAACACUUCGGAAUCUUCUGGAAGCUUCGUCAUUCCUUGAAGGUUUCACGAAAUGAGGUUUUUGACUAUUUUCAAUUAGAAUUUCGAAAAGCAGAAGACGUUGUUGAAAGUGAAUGGUCGAUGGAAAUCGAAGUGGACUCAAAUUUGUACAGAGAUUCAAUAAUUAAAAAUAAAACACACUCGAUUUCCGGAACGUCUGAGAAAGUUAUCGACUUGGUUCUGAUUAAUUAUUUUGACUUAGAAGAUUAUCGGUUCAAUGGAAACCUGGAAGCAGAAUUCCACGUGACAAUAAAGAAAAUGACAGGAUUCGAAAUUCCGAAGCAACUUCCGAAGCAACUUCCGAAGCAACUUCCGAAGCUGAGAAAUUUUGAUGAUGACGUGGCGAAGAAGUUCUCAGAUGUCUGUUUGUUGGCUGGAAAUCAAAAAUUCUAUGUCUCAAAAUUAUUCAAAAAAUGUUUCUCCGAAAUGACCAAAACGACAUAUUUCGAAGAUUUCGUUCCAGAAGAUUCUACUGAUUUCGACACGGAAGUCUGGAAGGAGAUUUUCUUGAAAGCCAUUUCUUUUUUGUGA